UAAUUUAGGCGAGCAAAAUGCUCAUUGUCAUAUAAAUGUCUUUAAGAAAAGUUAUGGACAAAGUUGUCAUUUGUUUCUCUUAAAUUCGUUGAAGCGGCCUGUAUUUUUCCAUUAUUCACAGCAACAGAGAGUCUCUCUUAAACGAUAGCAAAGCUUCGUGUGAAGUUUUUGAAAGAGGUCGAAGGCAAAUGGUUCUGUUUCUCCUAAUAAACCCUAAGUUUUUCAGUUCUCAGUGCUCAUAUUGACCAGAUAAAAAUGUCUUCUCAGGCCUGGUUAUCACCAGAGGUGCAGCCUUCGGCACCUGGAGUUCCCCCCCAACCUUUAACACCAGGUCAAACAACAACUGGUGGGCCCCCUGGUCCUUCCCCUCCAAUUCCGAGGCCCCAAAAUGAUCAACCUCAAGAAUCGGUGAGAGCAAAAUUCGUAGCCUCUCCAGGCUACAUUCUUCCUGCUCCUUCCUUCUCAUAUGGUGUAGUAUCCCAGAACAAUAAUGCGCCAAGGGCGUCUUUGCCUCCUCAAUCUACUCCUCUCUCUGCAGUUUCUGUUCAACCUCCAGUUCCAGGUCAUUCUGCAACAUCUGGAGCUUCUUUUUCAUACAGUGUGGCUUCUCAUGCAACCACUACAUCAGCUACUGCUUCCAAUCCCAUGCAAGGAGGAAAGCCAGCUGGCCCAACUUCUGCUGCAUCAUUACAACCUCCAGUUCCUGGGCAGUCUUCUGUUUCUGUCCACCCAAAUUCAUGGGAUCCUGAAAGGCCUGUCCAAAAUGCUCUGGCCCAAGCUCGGCCACCUUUUCUGGUUCGAAAAGGACCACCAUCAACAUCUGGUUUUUCAUUUAGUGGAAACUCCCAGUCGGUUUCCUCAGAAGACUCUCAGAAACAUCAAGCUUCUAACUCUGAUGCUUCUGCAGCAGUUGCACAAGAAGCUAAAACUUCCCAACCAUCAUCAUCUACCGCCCAAACCACACCAUUGCCUGCUCCCUCUUCUACAACUUCUCGUCCAGUCUCUUCUUCCCCUAAUACAUAUGCAACACCUUUUUAUAUGCCAAAGGCACCUCCUUUUCCUGGGCCUCCUAGAUUACCAGUGACUCCUGGAACCCCUGGUCCCCCAGGCAUAGCAUUGUCUGCCCCUCAAUUAUCAUCUUCUGUAAAUAUUCGCCCGUCAGUAAUAGAUACCAAUUCUGCAAUUAUGAGACCCAAUAUAGCAUCUUCUGCUCCUGGUACAUCUAAUGCAGCUUCAGUUCCUAUCACACAAACUGCUCAACCUCCUAUUUAUUCCCCAUAUCCAACUUUACCUGGGGUGGUGCCUCCCCCUCAGGCUAUGUGGAUGCACCCUUCUCAAAUGGGGGGAUUGCAACGUCCACCUUUCUUGCCAUAUCCUGGGACCUUUCCUGGUCCCUUUCCUAUGCCACUUCGUCCCAUCACUGUUCCUCCUGUUGCUAUGCCGGAUUCAUCUCAACCUCCUGGGGUUUCCCCUAUAGGACCUCCUGGAGGGAUACCUUUGGCAGAUCAUGGAGCUGGGAUUCAAGUAACCAUUUCGGAAGAACAAUCACCUCCUCCUGGCAUUGAUAAGGAGAAAGACACAAUUGACUAUACAAACAAGGAUGAUAACGCUGUUAGUAAUGAAGAUACAGACCAAUGGACAGCACACAAGACAGACACUGGCGCUGUGUACUACUACAAUGCGCUUACCGGGGAGUCCACUUAUGAGAAGCCUCCUGGUUUUAAAGGGGAGCCAGACAAAGUGAUCCUUCAGCGUACUCCAGUUUCAUGGGAGAAGUUGGUGGGUACAGAUUGGGCACUAGUUGCAACAAAUGAUGGCAAAAAGUACUACUAUAACACUAAGAGCAAGAUUAGUAGCUGGCAAGUUCCUCCAGAAGUUGCUGAGCUGCGAAAGAAGCAGGAGGCUGAUGCUGCUUUAAAAGCAAAUGCUCCUGUACAAAAUGCCGGUAUAUCAUCAGAUAAGGGUUCUGUUUCUUCCAGCUUGAGUGCUCCUGCAAUUAAUACAGGUGGUCGCGAAGCCAUGACAUUUAAAUCUGCAACUGCACCUGUUUCUUCUUCUGCUCUGGAUUUAAUAAAAAAGAAGCUGCAGGAUUCAGGCAUGCCUGUCACCUCAUCAGCUCUUCCAUCUUCUACACCAGUCCCUACUACAUCAGAUGCAAAUGGUCAAAGAGUGGUUGAUACCACAGUGAAAGGUCAGCAGAGUGAGAACAGCAAAGACAAGUUAAAAGUUGCUCAAGAGGUAGGACAUGUCUCAGAUUCGUCAUCAGAUUCAGAAGAUGUGGACAGUGGACCAACAAAGGAAGAGUGUGUUAUCCAGUUCAAGGAGAUGCUCAAAGAAAAAGGAAUCGCACCAUUCUCGAAGUGGGAAAAGGAAUUGCCAAAGAUAUUGUUUGAUCCCCGCUUUAAGGCAAUCCCUGGUUACACUGAGCGUAGGUCAUUGUUUGAACAUUUUGUCCGUACUCGAGCAGAAGAAGAGCGUAAAGAAAAACGUGCUGCUCAGAAAGCUGCUAUUGAGGGAUUCAAACAAUUGCUAGAGGGUGCUUCAGAGGAUAUUAAUCACAAGACUGACUAUGAAACUUUCAAGAAGAAAUGGGGCUAUGAUCCACGAUUUGUUGCCUUGGAUCGUAAGGAGAGAGAAAUGUUGUUGAACGAACGGGUUCUCCCUUUGAGGAAAGCUGUUGAAGAAAAAACACAAGCUAUACGUGCUGCUGCUGUUGCUAGCUUUAAGUCCAUGCUCCACGAGAAAGUAGAUAUUAAUAUUGGUAGCCGGUGGUCCAAGGUGAAGGACAGCCUACGGAAUGAUCCAAGAUACAAAUCAGUUAAGCAUGAAGACCGGGAGGUUUUAUUUCUUGAGUAUAUAUCUGAACUAAAAGCUGCAGAGCAGGAGGCUGAUCGUGCUGCAAAAGCUAAAAGGGAGGAAGAGGAGAAACUUAAGGAAAGGGAACGAGAAUUGCGUAAACGGAAAGAAAGGGAAGAGCAAGAAGUGGAGAGGGUUAGACAGAAAGCUCGUAGAAAGGAUGCGGUGGUCUCAUAUCAAGCACUACUUACAGAAAGAAUAAAAGAUCCCAAGGCAUCAUGGACUGAAUCCAAGCCUAAAUUGGAGAAGGAUCCGCUUGGGCGUGCCACAAAUCCGGAACUAGAGCCAGCUGACAUGGAAAAGCUAUUUCGAGAGCAUGUAAAAGUUCUAAAUGAGCGAUGUGCUCGUGAGUUCCGUUCCCUAUUGGCUGAGGUAAUUACUCCAGAGGCUGCUGCCCAAGCAUCGGAAGAUGGAAAAACAUUGCUCAAUUCAUGGUCAACUGCAAAAAAGCUUCUAAGACCUGACCCAAGGUAUGAGAAGAUGCCAAGGAGAGAGAGGGAGUCACUUUGGCAGAGAUAUGCCGAAGACAUGGACAGAAGACAGAGGGCAGCCUCUGAGCAAAAAGAAGAGAAAACGAAUAUUGAUGACCCAAGCAGAAGACCAGCAGGUUCUUCAAAGAGCUCCCCAUCAGUGCGAAGAAGUCAUGGACGAAAAUAACUUGGCUAGUUAAAAGCAUUGACCAAAUUUGUGUAUUUUUUUCUUGCAUGUAUUUUCUCACUCUAGCUGGUAGUGCAGCUUGGAAGAAGGCAAUUUUGUUGAUUUCCUUUUCACUAUUUUGUAGCUUGAUAUCAGGAAGGGGAGUCACUGUGAGAAUAUUUUAUUUCUAGAAUUUUCAUCUUUCUUUUAGAGUAAGAAAGCUAUGGUGCUAUUUAUGAUUCAGCUUCGACCAUGUGAAUGGCCACAGCUUUUUACAUUGACCAUGCGAAAUCUGCCUCUAUUAGAUGGCCGUCGAGGUACAAAAAUGUGACAAAGGGCUUUAUGCCGUGUAGUUUCAUUGUUCGAGCAGAAAGAGUGAGGAGCAUAUUGCUGUGGUUGAGAAUGCUGGAGCCAAGGCGUGUCGGAAAAUUGAAUUCGGUGGAUCGGAAAGUUAAAUGGGCAAAAUCUUCCUCUUAAAAAUAAAUAUUCGAAUCGAGUGAUAAAAUAUAUUUGACAAUACAUUGCUUUAUCUAUUUGUUGCACGACGACGCUGUAGAGCUGGUGAAUCGGGGUACGUCUUAAUAGGGCCACAUCUUAAUCAGUCUCC